AUGGGCGAUCUGACGAAGAAAAAGCGAGUUAGAGGAGGCCACAGAGCAUCGGCAAGUAAGCUUGUGGCAAAGAUAAUGGAAGCGAUACCGAAAGCAAGCCCAGAGAGCCCAGAGAAGGACUUAGUAUGGCUGAGACAAAGCCAGAUCACAUUACGAGACAAAAUCAAAAUGUUGAAAGAGCUCGAUGAACAAGUCAUUGAUAUACUCAGCACAUCGAAAGACGAAGACGUCGACAAACAACUUGGCAAAGAGAUUGAGGAUUCAGACGAAGCGAUCGCAGAAUUGGAAAGAACGUUGCUUCAACUCGAUGACGCGCUAGGAAAACUCUGAGGACAAAGCCUGCCAUUGUUGACGCCAACAAAUCUCACAUCAGCCGAAGGAAACCUUGAUCAAAGUCAUGUUUCAAUAUCAAGUGCAGGUAAAAUCAUAAGACUACGGAAUUUCGGUGGAAAGAUUUGUGAAUGGCCAGAGUUUUGGGAUGGAUUUUCCAGCUCGAUAGACAACAAUGACCAAUUGUCAGAUGUUGACAAGUUUGCCUAUCUGCGCGGAUAUUUGGAAGGGCCAGCAAAGUCUACCAUCGCUGGUCUCUCGUUGACGGGAGCGAAUUACAAGUGUGCGGUGGAAUUGUUAAAGAAACGGUUCGAAAAGAAAAGCGCAGUACAACAGGCGCACGUAAAUGAACUGAUACAAUUGCCGGCGGUUUAUAAAGAAAGAAACACACAAAGAUUACGGAAGUUGUAUGACAGCUGCGAAGCGAACAACUGCGCAUUGAAAGCCCUGGGAGUGAAUGAAGACUCGUAUUCAGCCAUUGUUGUUCCAACAAUCAUGGAAAAGUUGCCAGAACAGUUUCGUUUGACCAUCACGCGAGGGCAGAACUUUCUGGAAUGGUCGAUGGAAGAAAUGUUAAACGCUUUUGAGAAGGAACUCGAACUUUGUGAAGCGCACAAUGCAGUGGGAACGAAUUCGGAUCGAGAGCAGGAAAGACACAAGCGAAAUUCGGGUAAUAUAAAGAAAUAUGGCCAACAUCAUCAUGGAACUGCAGCUGCAUUGUUAGCAAACGAAAGGAGAGGAAACUGUGCAUUCUGUCUGAAGAACCACAACCAUGAAGACUGUGAGGGAGUGAAAGAUCCGAGGACACGAAAGAGUUUGGCUCGUAAAUACGGUAGAUGUUUUCUUUGUUUAUUUAAGGGCCAUAGAGCCAGUAAUUGUACUGUUAAAAAUAGGUGUAAUGUUUGCAAUGGGGCACAUCAUGUUGCAUUGUGUGAUGCAAGCCCUAAAGAAGACGAUAAACGUGAUAAAACAGUCAAACCUGACGAAGAAUCUAAACAGGUCCCUGUUAAUACUAAUGUGCAUGUGACUAGUUCCAGUAGUAACUUGCAUGCGGGAACUGGUAGCCUGGUUGCCUUGCAAACUGCACGCGGGGUUUUAAGGGGUGAAAGGGUGGCUAAGGUGCGGGUUCUCUUUGAUGCGGGAAGUCAUCGUUCCUUUGUUACUUCUAAAGCAGCUAGUCUUGUGAAUCCCAAGGGCUUAAGAAGGGAAUUGUUAGGGAUUAAUACGUUCGGUCAAAAAUGUACCAAUGCCGAGCACAGGGAGGUGGUCGAAUUAAAGCUUGAACCUGUUAACGGGAAUAAGGUUAUCUCCUUAGAAGCAUUUGUAGUGCCAGAAAUCUGUAGAAUACAGAAUAGCCAUGUAGAACUAGCAAGGAGAGAAUACCCACAUUUGAAAGGUAUAUGGUUUUCAGAUGUCUCGAAGUGUCAGGGUGAGCUAGAGAUAGAUGUGUUGAUAGGGGCAGAUUACCUCUGGAAUUUUCAGACAGGUGUAACCAAGAGAGGUAAAUCUGGAGAGCCAGUUGCCAUAGAAACUGAGUUAGGAUGGGUUUUAUCAGGGCCUUUGAGAGUGCAAGAUAUAGAGGGAGCAGAGUUAGCCCAAGUAAAUUUUGUAGCUCAGACAAUGAAUAAUGAAGAUAGUUUGGAGAGUAAUGUACAGAAGCUGUGGAGUUUUGAAGGGUUAGGUAUCUGUGAGGAAGAUAAGGUUCAUGAGGAGUUUUUAGAUGGCAUAUCUUUUACAGGUAGUAGAUAUGCAGUGAAACUACCCUGGAAAGAAAGCCACGACAAAUUGCCUGACAAUUAUGCAAAUAGCUUAGGUAGAAUGAAGAAUCAGUUGCGACGAUUGAAGAAGGAGCCAGCAUUGUUGACAGAGUAUGAUUCUAUCAUCAGAGAACAGGUAGAGCAAGGGAUUGUAGAACCAGUAGCAGCAUUAGAGAAAGUUGAUAAAGUUCAUUAUUUUCCACACCAGGCGGAUUCGCAAGGAUGCAGUGACCACAAAUGUUCGGGUUGUUUAUGA